AUGAAUCCACCAAAAACACCACAACAAUCUGCGGCCCAAGAUGCUUUCGAUCUAUUAAAAAUGAGUCAACCUUUUAAUGUUGUAAAUGCCGCCAACAAUGCUAAUGCAGCAAACGCCAUUGUUAAUAAUGGGAUUCCUAUGAAGAUUUCUCCAAGAAUGUCAAGAAUGCCAACGCCAAAUAUGUCCAAUACUGCUGUAAUUAAUCACUUGAAUGUUGGUUCUGCGAACACCGUCACGUCUCCCGUAACUAUGACAACUAAAACGAACAUACCUCAAUCCAAAGGACCUUCAAGGAAUCAAACACCUAAAAUGAUGGCAGCGCAACUUAAUAAUAAGAUGAUGGUUCAAGGAAAUGCUAACGUUGUUGGGAACAAAAUCCUUUCAGUAAGCCCAGUGUUACAACAAAAUCCAAAUAUUCCCCCUGCUCAAGGAGUUUCAACACAAGCUCAAGCUACAUCUAAUAUGACCGUUAAUUCUCCAGUAAUUCCACAAAAUACUGGAAUGAUGACACAGGCAAAUUCUGGUAUCUUACCACAAGGUAGUUCCGGAAUUAAUAAUCUUCAACGUCCUAUGAUGCAAAAUUUAUUGUAUCAAAAUAAAUUGAUGAUGUCUAACAAUAACGCAGCAAAUCCUCUGCUUGCUGUGAAUGCUGCUGCUAUGAUGCAACAGAAUAAUAAUGUAGCGGCACUUUCCUCUCAGAAUCCGGGAGUCAGUCCAAUGUUAGCAAAUCAGUUAAACACAAUGCUUGCUAAUCCGAUAAUUGCAGUUGCUAGACCCCCUCAAAUGAUGGGCCCUCAAACACAAAUGGUUAAUUUGAAUAAUGCUCGUCCUCAAGGACAAGUACAGGUCGGUAUGAUGCAGGCGCAAAAUAGUAAUGUAGGAUCAUCUUCAUCUACAUCUGUAACGCAAGCGGGAUUAGCAGUUUUAAAUGAGAAAGAAGCUCAGGAAGCAAAUAAUCAGAUUUCAACUCUCGACGCUCGUGCUAAGGAACGAAGGAUCCAAUAUCACGAAAUACAUGAUUUGACUGACGAUGAAAAGGCCAAGAUAAUGGAUAAAUUAAAAGAAUUAGAUCCUAUGUAUCAUGAAGUAGACAAUGUAUUACCAUACUUUUGGCAUUACACUAGAUCAAGUCAAGGCACUUAUCGCCUUUUAGGAAUGAAAUACAUGAUUGAGGACCAAAUAAAAGCUCUACCUGAUAAAUUUUUGUUGAGACUUGAACUUGUCGAUAGUUUAUUACAACAGUUCCGUAAGUAUUUUGUAUUCGUGGACAGUAAAAGAAGGGGUAUCGAAGAUACCACGUUAUUUAAUGUUAAUCCAACUUUACAACAACAACAACGUCCACAGCCUCAAGUAGUUGAGAGCAUUCUUCAACCUCGAAUCAACCCAUCUGACUUGAAACUACCAAUUCAGAAACAUUCUCGUGAUAAUGCAGUACCUGGAAGCUCAACAACUGGAAAGAAACGUCGGCAGUCGUCAGCAGAUAGAGAACAACCGAGUAAAAAGGUUGCACCAAGCAAAUCAAAUGUAACGGGAACACAAUCAGUAGAGGUGGUGAUCAUUGACCCUCCAGCGUCAUCUGUUGGAGCGAACACUACCGUUCUUACAUCGGCUAGUAGUAAUUCUGUCAUCGUUAUCCCAGAUGAUGUGAAAUCUGAAAAACAACCACCACCGCAACAAAACAUGCUUGUUGAGAGCAACCAAGAAGUGGUUGCAAAUAAUAACACGAUUUCAUUACCAACACCACUAAAAGAAGAAGUACCCGAACAAAAAGAUUAUAUUGAUCCAAAAGUCUCACCUGAUGGAUGCCGUGAACAAGCGCGGAUACUUGCAUCUAAGGCGAAAGAAGGAAUGAAAUCUCUCCAAAAUCAACACCCACCAGUAAGGGCCGGACGCCAUGCUAUCGCAGGGAUUAAGCCCCCCCCAAGACGGUGUUGA